GUUUGAUGACGUGUUACGUCACGGUGGCGGAAGUCUCGGCAGCUGUGUUGAAAUCAGACCGCCCGAGUCUUAGAAGCUUCUGCUCACGCCGAGGCCAGCGACCGCCUAGCGUCAGGCGGACCCCCUGACGCCUACUCUGCAGCCCUGCUCACCUGACGCCGCUGCCACGCCAUGUCCACCCCUCCGUUGGCUGCGUCGGGGAUGGCGCCCGGGCCCUUCGCCGGGCCCCAGGCCCAGCAGGCGGCCCGGGAGGUCAACACCGCAUCGCUCUGCCGGAUCGGGCAGGAGACGGUCCAGGACAUCGUGUACCGCACCAUGGAGAUCUUCCAGCUCCUGAGGAACAUGCAGCUGCCAAAUGGUGUCACUUACCAUACUGGAACAUAUCAAGACCGGUUAGCAAAGCUACAGGAUCAUCUUCGCCAACUCUCUAUUCUCUUCAGGAAGCUGAGAUUGGUCUAUGAUAAAUGCAAUGAAAACUGCGGAGGGAUGGAUCCCAUUCCAGUAGAGCAACUUAUUCCAUACGUGGAAGAAGAUGGCUCAAAGAAUGAUGACCGGGCCGGCCCGCCUCGUUUUGCUAGUGAAGAGAGGCGAGAAAUUGCUGAAGUCAAUAAAACAUUUACUACAUAGGAUUUGAAGAAAGGAUGCUUAAAAAGAAGUUUACAAACUGUGGUCUAGUAGAAGCCCAGAUCUAGAGAUACAGACACCUGCCAUGUGCAUUCAGGGCAUCCAGCAAAUCUCAGUUACGAAGAAGAUUAUAUCAGGGCUGUGCCAUCUUGUCUUCAGUUUUCAGCAUUAGAUCGCACUUCAUGCUGAGAGCAAACAGUGACUUCUGCCACAUGUUUGAAAGACCAGUUGCAUCAGGCAUUGCAUUUUUAUUAUACUUUAUAUUCUAUAUUGACGGUUUAUAUUCUGUGCCUACCAGUAACAUUUGUUGAAUGCUUACUGGUAUGCCAGGCACAGUUCUAACACUUGACAUGAAUCAAAUCUUUUGAUCCUCAUAAAAACUCUUAUGAGGUAGGUUCAGUUAUUACCCCCAUUUUUCUGUUGUGGAAACUGAGGGACAGAGAGCUUAAGUAAUUUGGCCAACAUCAUAUAUUUAGUUAGUGAAGGAGCUGAGUAUAAACCCAGAGAGUCUGGCUCUAGAGAUUGUGUUCUUAACCACUAUGCUACUCUGCCUCUUGGAAAAGCUAUGUACUUAGGUUUUAUAACAAGUAAAUAUUUAGCUUAUUUUCUUUGGUGGUAGAAGUGGAGGAGUAAAGGGAGGUGGGGGAUGGAGCUGUAGGCCUCUGAGGGCUGAAUUAGAACUCAUCAUGCCUUGCAGUGAAUGUUUGCGGCCAGAAAAGGAUUGAGACCUUCUGCCUUAAGGAAAUUAGCUUAAUUUCUGUCUGGAUCAUUAGAGUUCUAACUUGUGACAUUUUAGUCUUCUACCUUCAUGGUAUAUAUUUCAUGAAACAUUUUUGAUAAAUUCUUUUGU